AUGCGCACUUCAUUUAUUUUCUCUACAGUCCUCGCAGUCUUCGGCCUUGCUCAGGACGGCUUUGCUCUACCAACGUCGUCAGCAUCGCUCUCGACCUCUCACUCAGUCCUGGCGAAACGAGGCUUGAAAGAGUGCGAUAGCGACCGUGACUUCAGUGGACCCUACCGUGACGGGCAGGGUGUGUACGUGGACUCGGACAAGGUUACCCACCCGUACAAGUUUCCCAAAGUGCGCAAAUGCUGGCACGAUUAUUAUGCCGUUGAAGCGAGUGUGUGGAAGCAGCCCUGGGUCAAAUCCUCCGGCAACAUCUACUGCACCGGCACCCAAACCUGUGCCGCAGCGCACCUGAACGGCACCCAAGUCUGUCAAACCCGCAGCCAGAGCGUCAGUGUGUCAAUGGGUCUUAAAAUCGACGCUGCCGUCUCCAAGGGCAUCGUUCCCGGGUUAAGUUUCGGAGUGGAAUUUUCAUCCUCCAUCGAGAACUCGCAAUGCUACAGCGCAUCCUCCACGACGACAUGCACGUGGAAUGACAAGGCGUGUCAUACGGUGUGGACGCAGCAGCAGAUGGUGCGCACGAGGGGUUAUGAGAGGAAGAGAUGCAAUUGGGGAAAUGGGGAUGUGACGGAGUGCAUGAGAUCGUGGGAACAGAAUACCCCGACGACUUAUACGGAUUAUGGGUGUGGCAGUAAGUGUACUGAUACCAAUCAUUGUGGGAACAAGGAUGGGAAGCCGUGUUAG